GUUCUAAAUGAGCUGUGCUGGACUGGCCGAAGGAAGAGUAAUGUAUCUCAGAGCAACGGAACCACAUGUCGCCAGCAGCAGGCUAUAUCAAUCGCGGUCGUAGUUAUGCUGUGCGAGGAGAGGCGCUCUAACAGCAAGAAGCAGCAGUUCGGGAAAGACACGGCUGUUCAGGGCACCAAUGACAGCAGCAUCGUCAGUAAGUGUUCAGCGGCUGCGCGCGGGUACUUCCACGAUGACUUCCUGAAGAGCUUCGUGAUGAAGACCGCCCGCCGCGCGCCUCUCAUCAACAGGGGUUACUACAUCCGAGCGAAGGCUGUUGAUCACUGUCUGAUGGAGUUUCUGCAGCGAACGCAAUCCUGCACCAGGAGACAGCUGCUGUCCCUGGGAGCUGGGUUCGACACCUUGUAUUUCCAGUUGAAGGUGGGGGGAGAGCUGAGGGGUGCUGUGGUUUUCGAGGUGGACUUCCCCGACGUGGCACAACGCAAAGCCGCCCUGAUCAACAGAGACCCCGCCCUGAGAGAAAUACUGGGGACCACAGAGUCUGCUGCAUCACAGCACAGUCCCCUGGUGCUCAGCAGCGCAGACUACAGACUGGUGGGUGUGGAUCUGAAGGCACUGGGAGGACUAGAGAGCGCUCUGAAAGAGGCAGGGCUGCAGACCAGCACCCCUACUCUGCUCCUCUCUGAGGUGGUGCUGACAUACAUGGACAACACCAGGUCUGAAGCUCUGAUCCAGUGGGCGUCUGCUCUUUUCCCCUCCUCCGUGUUUGUGAUGUACGAGCAGCUCCACCCACACGACCCCUUCGGAAGGGUCAUGCAGCAGCACUUCCUGCAGCUCAACUCCACUCUGCACGCGCUCAGUCGUUACCCAGACAAGCAGGCCCAGAGGCAACGGUUCCUGGACAGGGGCUGGGAGGAGUGUGUGUGCGUCGACAUGAACCAGUUCUACUUCGAGUUCCUGAGUGAAGAGGAACGCAGUAGAUUGGAGCGUCUGGAGCCCUUCGAUGAGUAUGAGGAGUGGCACCUGAAGUGCUCGCACUAUUUCAUCCUGGCUGCAUCGAAAGGAGAGCUGACGCACCAGCCCCUGAUCUGCCCCCCUUGUGAAUCUCCAGUCCCAGCACUGGUGCCAGCACUCAGCUCCCAGUUGCUCCCAGUCUCUGUUGUACCCUUGGAGCCUGAGGGAGUUGGACUGUGCUGUACUGGCCUGCCCGGGUCUGGAGUGGGUUGUACUGACCUGUCUGAGUCUGGACUGGGUUGUACUGGUCUGGCUGGGUUUGGACUGGGCUGUGCUUCCCUGUGGCCCGGCAGCGCUGUGUUGGUGACCGGGGGGGCAGGAAGACACGGCCGAGGAGCCCAGACUCGGAUCCUCAUCAGAGACAAGGCUGUCUGGAAAUGUGCCUGUCCCAGGGGCACAGAGUUGGGUGGCAGGAUGUUCCACACGGUGACGCCCGUUCCUGGUCAGCGUUGUGUGGUGUUUGGGGGGCGCGCGUCCCCCCUGCGCCCUGCUACCAGUGUGCUAAGUGUGAGCUGGGACCCCACGACCCCUACUGACCCCAAGCUGAGCGUCAGCGAGCUGAACUGUAGUGGCACUGCGCCCAGACCAAGGUGGAGGCACAGUGCGACACUGCUCACCUUCAGAGGGGAGAGCUACCUGUUUGUGUUCGGAGGGCGCUCCACCGAGGAGCGGGCUCUUCAGGACUGGCACUUCCUCAAGCUGGAGGAGAACACCUGGACUCAGGUGCCUGUAGGGGGCGCUGUGCCCGAGCCUCGUCACUCCCACUCCGCCUGUCCCUAUGCGGGGGGGCUGGUGAUUGCAGGGGGGCUGGGGGGGCAGAACCCGCUUGGAUCCACGGUGCUGCUCAGACCUGCCCAGUCCGGCUUCCACUGGCACGAGCUGAAGACUGAGCCGCCCAUCAUCCCCAGGUACUCUCACACGGCUCAUGUGAUUGGUGAUCGGCUGGUGCUGGUGGGCGGAGUUUGGAUCCAGGCUGACGGGGUGCCGGGAGUUGCGGUGAUCAACCUGACCACAGGAGGCAGCAGAGAGUACAGCAUCGACACGGUGGCAGUGCCCUGGCCCCUCAUGCUGCACUCUCAUAGUUCUGAGCUCCUGGAUGGAGGGAGGGAGGUGCUGCUGAUUGGAGGAGGGGGAAACUGCUUCUCAUUCGGGACUCAUCUGAACCCAAGACCUGUAACCCUGGACCUGAGCCCUGCCCUGGACUGAGCCCCAAUAUGCACAGAAGAUGGUUCCCAAUAGUCAGGGGUAUACUUCAAUAACUGACUGAGGAGAUAUCAUUAUAAUUACCAAGACUCCUGUUGUACAUUCCAUAACACUUCUGCUUUUUAAAACUAGAUUAGAGACAGCAUUUACUACAAAAGAAACCUCCUAAGUGUGUGUGUGUGUGUGUGUGUGUGUGUUGGGGGUCGGCAGGAUAAUAUUCUG